AUGGUGGAUAGCAAUCUCUACAUUAGAUCUGUGGAUAGCAGCCCAUUGGUUGUGGUUGUUUAUGUUGAUGAUAUCAUAUUUAGGGCCCACAACAGUGAACUAUGCAAGGAAUUUGCUGAGAGAAUGCAGACAGAGUUUGAGAUGUCAAUGCUUGGCGAAUUAUCCUUUUUUCUUGGUUUACAGGUCAAGCAGAUGAAGAAUGGUAUAUUCAUUUCACAAGCAAAGUAUAUUAAAGAGAUGCUGAAGAAGUUCAACAUGGAAGAUUGCAAGCCUGUGAGUACUCCAAUAAUGACAAGUUGCAAGCUUAGCAAAGAUGAUGAUUCUCCUGCAGUUGAUCAUACCAUGUACAAGUCUAUGAUUGGUAGCCUAUUAUAUCUCACUGCUUCUAGGCCAAAUAUUCUUUAA